UCCAGUGAACUCAAUGUACAGCACUGCCACUAUGACAGAUAUUUUAUUAUGUCUGUUUUCUUUCCUCAGAUCAGGACCUGCAGUCCCCAGCUUGGCUCUAACCUUUUGAUCAGGUGAGGAGAAGCAGCUUUUUGGCCAGAAGCAGCUAAACACAGAGCCAGCAGAGAGACUGCUUACAAGCAGGUGACAGKACCAUGGGCGACACACAGAAGGGCAGCCUUCAUCAGGAACUUCAUCAGGAAAGUUCUGUGAGAGCUGAACUCCAUCUGUUCCCCUCCAGGAAGCUCACAGGAGGUUCCCUCCAGGAAGCCGAUCAAAGACAGGGCCACAAGCAGGAGCUGGAAAUGGAAAGUGAGGUGGAGACAUGUUUUCCAAAGAGACGGGGAGCAGUACCCCCUUACGGGAUGGAAGUCUGGGAAUGUGAGGACAGUGGCAGAGCCCACAUCAAUAAGGUUAUUCUUGCUGGGGACAAUCCAGACCCACCCGUGUGUGGGAAUGGCACCAUUUGGGUUCAGCAGGUGGGAGAAAAGACGUACGAGUGUCCCGAGUGUGGGAAGWGCUUCAGCCGGAGCUCAUACCUGAGCCAACACCAGAGGAUCCACCUGGCAGAGAAACCCUUCAGCUGCUCCGAAUGUGGGAAGGGUUUCACACGUAAUUCAGACCUAAUCAAACACCAGCGGAUCCACACRGGAGAGAAGCCCUACCAGUGCAGUGAGUGCGACAAGACCUUCAGCCAGAGGUCCAACGUGAUCAGGCACCAGCGCACCCACACGGGAGAGAGACACUACCUGUGCAACGAGUGCGGGAAGAGCUUCAGCCAGAACUCGCAUCUCAUCGUCCACCAGCGAAGCCACAAGGGGGAGAAACCCUUCAAUUGCCCCCGGUGCGAGAAAAGCUUCAGCGACCGUUCCUCCCUGAUCAUACAUCGGAGGGUCCACACCGGAGAGAAGCCCCACAAGUGCCAGGAGUGCGGGAAGCGCUUCCGGGACAGCUCGGCCAUCAUUCGGCAUCAGAGGAUUCACACGGGAGAGAAACCCUACGAGUGCACGGAGUGCGGGAAGACCUUCCGGCAGAGCUCCUCGCUGGUGACCCACACGCGAACGCACACGGGCGAGAGGCCCUACAAGUGCCCCGUGUGUGGGAAGGGCUUCAGCCAGAGCUCGGCRCUCAGCACCCACCGCCGCACCCACRGCGGAAAGGCYSYGUCCGUGUGUCCUGGCGGGCUCCUGUCCAGCCCCUUCCAGUGCGCCGAGUGUGGCCGGAGGUGCGGUGACCGCUCCGCUCUGGCCAAGCACCAGAGCCUGCACGCCGAGGAGCGGCCCCACAUCUGCGUGGAGUGCGGGGACAGCUUCCACCGCAGCUCAGCUCUCAGCGUGCACCUGAGGAUCCACCGCAGCGAGAGGCCCUACAGGUGCGAGGAGUGCGGGAAAACGUUCCGGCACAGCUCGGCCCUCAGCGCCCACCUGAGGAUCCACGCGGGAACCAAGCCCUACGAGUGUGCCGAGUGCGGGAAAACCUUUCGGAAAAGCUCGACGCUUAAAGUUCAUUUGAAAAUUCACACGGCCAAGAAACCUUAUAAAUGUCUGGUGGGUAGAAGAAUGCUCACCUCCUGCUCAAUUCUGCCAUAACCCUGGAGCAGGAAAGUGUUUGGAGAUACCUGAAAAAGGUGGGUGAUGAAAACCACAGUGGGAAGAGAUGGACUGGAGACACGGUAUCUGAUAUUAGGGCUUUAAUGCUUAACCCCAGAGGCACAAAAAACUUCAGGAGAUCUGGAAACAGGGAGUUAGUCCCAAGAGCCAAGUGCUGGUGGUUUAGGAAGUGUGCCAAGAGCGUGAGGCGUGAGCACCAGCUUCAGGGUAAGUCAGGAAYUGAAUGUAUGGUAAUAGUAACUGGGAGAAUUGGCCUUGUAAAAUACAGCUAAAGUGAAAUUCAAAAUAAAAAGUUCCAGGUUGGUUCUGACUCCAAACUUUGGCUUAUUAGACACUGUAGUAGUCUUAGCAACUCUUGUUUUUAUUACCUUCCCUUAUUUUUCAUGAAUGUAGUAGGUUUACACAGUGUUUGACAAAGCAUUUCCAGAUCUUUCCAGAGUGAAACUUUGGAGCUGAACUUCAGUCUGUUUGUCUUUUCKUUCUAUUUUCCAAAUCUUACAUGGGACAAAGAAUUCCUACCUCAUGAUAGCAAGGUAACACAAAACUCUAAUAGCGGUUCCCAGCAAACAUGGAUGCAGAAGUGUUUCCAGUUGAAAGGCAGUCUAUUGCUUGUCUGUGGCAGCUGCUUUCAGAUUUGUUGUUACUCAUUUGAAACUCCUUCCAACUUGGGACACGAACAAAACACAGACAAAAAUGUGGCUUUACAUUAUUUAACUCAAAAAGAAAGGAUUUGUCCCCAGAUGUCCUAGUCUGAACCUGCACAUGGUGAGUUCUUACUGUCGGUUCAGAGACUGAGUGCAAUUCUGUUGUUCUUUUUAUGCC